UUAUUGUCCUUUUCUUAUUUGUCUGUUAACUCAGCUGGAGAAAAGUGUCAGGCGGUUCAGGGAGACAUUCCAUGGAAAGAUAGCUGUGGAAAAGGCAACCUUACUGAUGAGACGCUAUGCCAACAACCAUCAAAUGGUCACCUGGGCAGUUAUACUGAAGAAAGGCAACGAGCUGGAUGAUGAGGACAGAAAAUGCUUAGAGACGGAUCAGGCUGUCAAGAAUGUGGUGCAGAGACUCACAGCUGAGGACAGGGAACCUCUGGUCCCUCCUGCACAACAGCACCGAGGAAGCAGACAGCCUGAAGACGAUAAUGAUAUCAAGGAGCUGGGAGAGCGUCUGCGGGUCCUGCCUCUCACUGAGAAGAACAAGAGAAUGUUUGAUAAUGCCCAGCGCCACCUCACCCCCUCUGUCCUGCACCAGUUUGCCUGYCAGACCUGUGACAAGGACUGGUGGCGUCGGGUGCCCCAGAGGAAGAGGGUAUCUCGCUGUCACCUGUGCAAAGAAGAAUAUGACCCCUGUCCCUUUAUGACAAAAUGUGGGAGGCUUUGGGAGGAUGGAUUUGGGCUCCCCCUGCUACUCCUGUCGAACUCUGGUGAUCCCAACAGAGAUUCUUCUCCACGCAAGGAGGGUCGCCAGAGGAACAGGAAGCCUCGCGUGGUCAAUCCCAGCUCCAUCCAACAUCAGCUCCGGCUCCACCGUCAACACCUGCCUGAGCCAAGGAAGCCUGGAGAACCUUACGACUCAUCAUGGAUGACAUCAAGAGAGGGAGAGUGA